GUUUUCUAAAUGCAGUAACACAGCUGAUGCGGGUGUGUGCUGGUUCGUGUGUUCUAUUCAUAUACACAGCCAAUCAAUGAUAGGGAUUUCUUUAUUCCUAUCUACAAAACGUUACGGUUUUAACGGACAGCUAAUACACACUGUUUGCAGCAAUUGACUAUCGUGAUCUAGAUAAGAACAGACUGCGUGAUCAUACAUGUGCAGAGAACUAUUACAAAAGCGAGAGACCAACAUAUUGAAACAAAUUCGAAACAAAUGGCUACGGAGCAGAGAAUGGACCAGUCCUCAGAUAUCGACCUCCUGUUGAUUGGGAAAACAGGAAAUGGCAAAAGUGCAACAGGAAAUACUAUUUUAGGAAAGAAAGCUUUCGAGAGCAAAUCAAGUUCAUCGUCGGUCACGAAAGCGGUCAAAUACGAGUUUGGGGAACACAGGAAUCGCAAGAUCAAGGUCGUGGAUGGACCAGGUGUAGGUGAUACAAGAAUGGACAACAAGGAGGCAGUAGAGUUGGUGGCGGAUGCCAUGCAGUACGCUAUUUCUGCCAAUCCAAAAGGCUAUCACGCUUUUCUGUUAGUUGUCAAAUUUGGUGGUCGGUUCACUGCUGAAGAUAAAGACACGCUGGAUUUCUUGAAGAAAAUAUUUGGCAAGAAUUUCAUCAAAAACUUUUGUAUUUUAGUCAUGACAUGCGGGGAUAAUUUUGAACAUGAGAGAGAAGAAAGAGGCAUCAGCUUUCAGGAUUGGUGUAAGGAGCAGCAAGGUGUUUUCCAAGAUCUGCUGACAGAAUGCAACAACAGAAUUGUCUUGUUUAAUAAUAGGGUUAAAGAUGAACAUGAGAAAACAAAACAGUUGGAUGAUCUAAUCAAAGUAGUGGAUGAUCUGAAGUACCACGGCCGCAGAUACACGGAUGAAACAUUUAACAAAGCGGCGCAAGCAAGAGAACGUCUGAUGAUCGAAGCCAAGAAACCGAUGAUCAAUGAAGAGACGAUGAGAGAAACUAGCCUGGUCAUUCACAAGCUGCAGAUCAUACAGAACACUGUUGAGCCAGAGGACAGGAUAACCCCGCUAGACGAGCUGCUGGUUCGUGUCAUGUGUCUCCAUGACAAGAUCUCAAUGCUAGAUAAAGGCACUGGAGCACUUCAUGACCUAGCCAAGACGGUCGAAUCCUUACAGAAAACUAUCUCCGAUGAGAGCGAAUUUUCUCAGAGAAUUACCGAGGAAAGGAAAAAAAUGAGGCAAAGAGAAGAAGAAAGGAAGAAAAUGUUUGAGGAAGAGUUGAGGAAACAGAAGGAGGCGUAUGAGAAACGUCUGAAAGAAGAAAAACUUGAAGAGCAACGACGCCGAGAAGUCCAGCGAGAACAGGAGAGAAAGAGAGAGGAGAUGGAGAAGUUGUUUAGGCAGGAGAAGGAGAAGAGGGAGAGGGAGUACCAGGAGGAGAUUCAAAAGGUUUUGAAGAGGCAAAAAGAGAGGGCAGAAGAACUAGAGCGGAAAUACUUGGAGGCUAAAGAGAAGAAUGAUGAGGGCUUUUUUACCAAGGUCGUGAAUUUUGUUUCCUGGCCGUUUAAAAAACUUUUUGGAUAUGAGUAGUAGAGUCUAUACACUUAUUCAAAUUGCUUGCUUAUUAUGUAUAUUUUGGUUAAAUGUAAAGCAGAGGUUUCUUUUACCAAAAAUAGUUUAGUUCUACCAUUACUUUUGUAUUAUGAAAGGAAACCACUUAGAUAUUCUUCGUCCAAAUAUUAUCAGAUAGGUUAUUUUAACGCUUGUUAAUAAAAUCUCAUGUCUUCUUAGAAAAAUAUGUAUUGGGUGAAAUGAUCACAAUGUUUUGUAAAUUAGUAAAUAAUCGCUCAAGCAAAUACAUUUUAUUGUUAAGCUUUGUAAGUAUUUUUUUUAAAUUUCAUACAAAAAUAAUUUUUUUAAAAUUAGUUAUGCUUCUUUUCUUUUUAUUUUUUUUGACAAUACGAUUAUUUACUUAAUGAAAUUAAGUGGUUUGCGUUUUUUGAUAGAUUUUUGUUGGUUUACAAAUUAAUCAGCUUCUAAAGAUCACAAAAUCAUCACAAAACUGAUCAGUAUUUCCAUUGUUCAGUUGUCUUGGUGGAUUCAGUAGCUGAAUGUGACAAUAUUUCAAUUGUUCAGUUGUCGUGUAUGAUUCUGUACCUGAAUGUGACUGUAUUUCAAUUGUUCAGUUGUCGUGUAUGAUUCAGUAGCUGAAUGUGACUGUAUUUCAAUUGUUCAGUUGUCGUGUAUGAUUCUGUACCUGAAUGUGACAGUAUUAGAAACUGGGGCGUCAGUGGGUUAACAUCUUGUAGAUGUAAACUAUUUCUUACAUAACUAGCACCGCACAUAUCACAGCGUGUAAUAUAACUGUAUCAAAUACCAAAGUAACUCACACGGCAAACACAAAGACUUGCCUCGUGGAGGCAGAUAUUUCAGUCGACCUCUUCAAAUUGUAUCAUGAAAAUACAAUUUAAAAUAUUGUAUAUCUUUAAAGGUGUAUUUUUUUAAAUGCACCACUUUAAGUUAAAUAUUAUUUUUAAUGCUUAACAAACCUUAGCUUAUUAUUCCAGUUUGCAUUGUUUGAUAUAUGUAGUAGGCAUGUCAUCAUAUUGUGUUUAAAUUUCUGAGAAAUGAAUAUGUUUGUAACAUAAACGAAAAACAAUGUGUAACUAUGAGACAGUUAUAUUGUUUAACUUUAGGGAAACCAGUUAAAAAUAGAAACACAUUCACUCAAGUGUAAUAAACUUUUUUAAUGUUUCUUAUCGGGAUCGAAAAAAAAAAUAUUUAAAAUAAUAAAUCUAAAUAUUUGUUUAUUUCAUGUAUGUGUUUGACACCAGGCGCAAUAAUGUUUGCUUUAAGCAGUGUUAAUUUAAGUGCUAUAAGGAUUAGACGGUGAUGUUUUUUUAGUUUAAAACGUUGGUCUGUUAAUUUGAUUGCAUUAUCAGUCUGUUUUAUUUCGAAUGCUGAACAGUGUCAAGACUUGGUUUGUAUACAUUUUAUUUUACCUCUGACUUAAAUAUUAAAUCAAAGUUUAUUUCUAUUAAAGUUGUUAGGUUAU